AUGGACUUCCUGAAAAAAGAACAUCUGAAAAAAGACAGGACCUUUUCUUCCAUUCCUUUAAAAUACCAUACUACUGUGAUCCCAAACUCCGAAAAGAAAGGUUUCAGUUCUCAAUCGAAGAGAUUUCUGUUUGUCCCGAAUGAAAAUCCAGGCCCAGGAUGUUAUAAUGUCAGACAUCAAUCUGCACUUCUCAACAGUGUUUCCCAGUCCCAGAAAGGAACUUGUUUUUUUCCUUCCUUGGAUGUACGUAUCGCUCGCCACAGAGCCCCUCACUGCCCUGCUGCAAAUGCCUACAGCCUCCCUCCUACUCUUCAGUCCAAGCAAAACUUUAGCUUGGGAUAUUCCAGCAUGUUUCAACAGCCAAUUGCUAGGAAGAUACCCAAAACACCUACUCCAGCCCCCAACCAAUAUAAUGUCUCCCUGGAUGCUUGCAAGAGGAGCCAGAACAUAGGCGCCAAGUCAGUGUUCUCAUCCAGAACAAGACGGGAGUUGCCAGUCAAUAGCAAGGAAAGAGUUCCUUCUCCUUGUCAUUACCAAAUUAAAGACUCUUUCAUCCGGCAGUCGCCUGCAAUGCUGGUGUCCUGCUUCAAGUCUACAACUACUCGUGAAAUCAAAACACAGUCCCUGAGUCCAGGGCCUGCAGCCUACCAGCCCAUUGGAAGUCCCAUCCCAGUAUCAAGGAAGUUCCUUGGCUUGCGAAAGAACAUUUUGAACUUCUCAGCCCCACCUGCCCAUCGUCCCAGAACCCCCCCUCCGCCCGGACCUGGCCAGUAUGAAAUAGUAGACUAUGAAGGGCCGAGCAAGCACUACAUUUCCAGCGCUGUAUUUGUCUCGAACACAGACCGUUGUUUCAGAGAUAAAUUCCACCAAGAGAUACCUGGCCCAGGGACGUACGACUUACCAGUACCCCAGAAGCAGUCCUUCAUCUACAACAACAAUAAGAAAUGGGUGCCAGUACUUUGAUGCAUAGGACCCUGCGAGGAUUUCUCUUGCCUGUGAACAAAC